AUGUUGAGAUCGUCAGGCGAUCCCAGCGAUGAUUACUGCGCAAUUUGCAACAAUGGAGGUGAACUUCUGUGUUGCGAUGGUUGUCCCAAAGUUUUCCACAUGCAAUGUCAUGUCUCACAACUAACUGUCGCUCCCAGUGACAAAUGGUACUGUGGCUUGUGUACUAGCGAUGAUGUCUUGAGGUUGAAUUCUCCUGAAGAUGAUGCUACCAACUGCAGCGCUAACAAUGUUGCCAACACCAACAAAAAGAGGCAACAUAAAGUAUGCGAGAGAUUACUGCUGGAGUUGUACUGUGACUUUGAGAGCACGCCCUUCCACGAACCUGUCAGUAAAUCUGUACCAAAUUAUCACAAGAUCAUUUCCACUCCAAUGGAUUUUCGGACGAUCAGGAUAAAAUUGAUGAAGAACCAUUUUGAAAAGUACCAAUCAGUUGAAUCGUUCAUCAAAGAUGUCCUUCUCGUAUUUUCAAACUGUGCAACCUUCAACCCAGAGGACACAGACAUUGCAAGGGCGGGUAGAAGAUUGAACGGCAAGUUCCUCAAGAGAUGUUCAGACCUCUUACCAUAUCUUGAUCUUAAUUCAUUUGGUCUUAAUCCAGCGAUGACUCAAUCAACUCAGUCCGCAAACAUUGCAUCGACCGAGCUGGAAGAGACGAGUGACAACACAAACGACACCAUCGAGCAAGAUGCCGCUGCUAAUGCGAACGAGAUCGUCGAUAACACUGAAGACAACAUGCAGGAGCAAACUGAAGAGGAGGACAACAACGAAGUUGAGGAAGUUCCAGCUGUAGAUGACGACCAACCACAAAUCAAAAAAAGAAAAAUUGAUGGUGAUAACGAAGGUGACGACCCAAUUGAUCCGGACUGCAAAUUAAUUGAGACGCCCAAACGUGUUGAUGAGCGCAGUGACAGUCAGUUACCGAACAUUUCGAUUAAAAUAAAAAACAUUCGAACUACAACAACAUCUCCAGACAGAGUGUUAUGCAUAAGUUCAGGUGAGGAGGACACCGGCAGAGAUGAUGAAGGCAGGAGGACUUCUGCUUCCAUCUAG